AUGGCUGAAAACUCCAACGUCGGCACUAGGACCAUCUAUGAAAGCAAUGAGCAACGCAAUGUCACUCGGUCUGAGGUUGAAAAUGCCCGCCGAAACAGAGACAACCCCCCUGACUCCAACAGACGGGGCAGUGCACAUGAGAAAGAACAGAAGUCAAGGGGGAAACACUCUCCAACUGAUGACGAGCUGGCGAAAAUAGAUCCUACUGCUCCGGCUCGGAUGCAUGGCCACAAGCCAUCUCGCGGCGCACAGGUAGAUGCUGAGCUGAAGAGGGAGGAUGAGGAGAGGAUUCGACAGAAACAAGGCUUAUAA